AUGCAGAAAACCAUGGCGCGUCGCCAAGAAAGUAGUGAAACUCAUUUUUACAAUAUUUACCCUAUUCUCUACGAAUCGUCACCCGCCGAAAUGGUGAAUGUUCUCCGCAAACGGGGGAAGAAAAGAACAUUUAAUAUGAGGAUUCGCUGCAAAGAAGUCUUGCCAGGGAAAUGGCCACAACGAACCCCUGCUAUUCGCUCGUUUUACUGCAACCCAAAGGUAUGCCAAAUACACCGCUGCCAGCGGACCGCGCGAAUGGGGAUAACAGGUGUUUUUGUAUUGGGAGGGAAAAAAGGCGCGAAAAUGAUGUACCAUAAAUGA